AGAGGAGCCUGAUGGGGCCCGAUCCCAUAACGCUGGGAUCACGCCCUGAGCUGAAGGCAGACGCUUAACCGCUGUGCCACCCAGGCGCCCCAGCUUGGGCAUAUCUUGAUGCUGAUAGGGAAGAUCUGGUAGAGAAGGAGGCAUCGAACACAGAGGGGAGAGAAAAGGGACCCAGAACUUGAAUGGGGAGGUAGGUGUCGGUCUAUGCCAAAUGAAGGGAAAGAGGGAAUUGGUGGGGAUGCAGGGAAGUUUGCAGGCUUGGGGUCUGUGGUUAAGGGAGUGCCUUUUUGAUAGGCCUUCUCUGAAGUAGGCCUCAAGGUCAUUUGCUGAGAAGGGCCAGGCCAUGGCUGGCCCAGGUGUGGGCGGAGGUCCUGAUGUAUACCUGCAACAGUAGGGGGUCAUGUCCUCUUUGCCAGCAGCCCCAAUAUCGUGCCAGGGAAGGGGGACGGUUGAAUUUUUCUAGGGUCAGAGGACAUCUGACCUGCCUUGCCGACUUGUAAGGCUCAAGUGAAGUUGAUGGAUGUGGAAACACUGCGGAAGCAUAAUUUACCAUCUUAAUUCUUUUUCUUGACCUUGAGGAGCUGGAAGGGCUGUGGCCGUCAUUGGGAUGCAAUGUCAGAGCGUUCCAAGCACUUCGCUUGGGCCGCAUGCCAUGCGAGGCUUCCACCCACCACCUCACUUGAUCUUUGCAACAGUCAGUCUCACUGUGAGGAAGUGACUUUUACCUGAGAGAGGCUCUGGCCAGGGCAGAGCUAAAGCGCCUGGAACUUGCAUUUUUGGACCUGCCUCCAGAACCCUGGGGAUUUCCACCAGGGCAGCGAGCACCCCCACCAAGAAUUCUAAGCUGCUUUGAGGUCCCAGGGAACACAGACAAGUCCCCAGCUGUGACUCUCUGCCGAUGUCCCCAGGGAGGAGGAGGAGGGAGCCAGCAGCCACCCAAGAAUGACUGGACACUCCUAAAGCCUUCUGUCACCAUCCAGGGGAUUUUUUGCACCACAGAGGGUAAUUCCUGCCCCAUCCCUGCUGUGACUCAGCUGUGACGUUGAACCACACAAGCCGACGAAAAGAUAAAGUCGUCAGACUCCUGCUCACCAGGCAGAAGCCGCCUCUUCUCUCAGCACGGAUUCCACAGGGCUGGUCUCUUCUCCACAGUUGCUCAGACGGGAGCCCCUGGCCAACCCGGGACCCCAGGAUGGCCUCUGGCCCAGCCAGCAGCCCCCACCCAGCCCCUGAUGAGAACGAGUUUCCCUUUGGGUGCCCCCCCACCGUCUGCCAGGACCCAUCAGAGCCCAGGGCCCUCUGCUGUGCCGCCUGUCUCUCUGAGCACGUGAGGACCGGCGAGGAUCGGAUCUGUGCAAAAUGCAGAGGGGACGACCCUCAGUCUGUAAGCCCGGGAAGCCUUCUGUCUCAGGAAGAGGAUCACCCUGAGGCAGCUGAGGCUGAAGUUGGGUGCCCCUUUGCUGGUGUUGGCUGCUCCUACAAGGGGAGCGUGAAGCUCCUGCAGGAGCAUGAGGUCGCCUCCCAGACCACCCACCUCAACCUGCUGUUGGGGUUCCUGAAACAGCGCAAGGCCCAGGAAGGCUCUGGCCUGGGGUCCGGGCCCAUGGCCCUGGAGCAGAAUCUGUCAGACCUGCAGCUGCAGGCGGCCGUGGAGGUGGCGGGGGACCUGGAAGUGGACUGCUACCGGGCGCCCCGCUCCGAGAGCCAGGACGAGCUGGCCCUGCAGCACUUCAUGAAGGAGAAGCUCCUGGCUGAGCUGGAGGAGAAGCUGCGUGUGUUUGAGAACAUUGUCGCUGUCCUCAACAAGGAGGUGGAGGCCUCCCACCUGGCAUUAGCGGCCUCCAUCCACCAGAGCCAGCUCGACCGGGAGCACAUCCUGAGCUUGGAGCAGCGGGUGGUGGAGCUGCAGGAGACGCUGGCUCAGAAAGACCAGGCCCUGGGCAAGCUGGAGCAGAGCCUCCGCCUCAUGGAGGAGGCCUCCUUCGACGGCACCUUCCUCUGGAAGAUCACCAAUGUCACCAGGCGCUGCCACGAGUCAGCCUGUGGCAGGACCGUCAGCCUCUUCUCCCCAGCUUUCUACACUGCCAAGUACGGCUACAAGCUAUGCCUGCGCCUCUACCUGAACGGGGACGGGACAGGAAAGAGGACACACCUGUCGCUCUUCAUCGUGAUCAUGAGAGGGGAGUACGACGCUCUGCUGCCCUGGCCUUUCCGGAACAAGGUCACCUUCAUGCUGCUCGACCAGAACCACCGCGAGCACGCCAUCGACGCCUUCCGGCCCGACCUGAGCUCAGCGUCCUUCCAGCGGCCCCAGAGUGAGACCAACGUGGCCAGCGGCUGCCCGCUCUUCUUCCCCCUCAACAGGCUGCAGUCGCCCAAGCACGCCUACGUGAAGGAUGACACCAUGUUCCUCAAGUGCAUUGUGGAGACGAGUGCUUAGGGCGGGGAGGGCCGUGCCAGAUGCACCUGACUCCCGAGGGAGUGCCGAGUGCACUGGGGGGGUUGGGGCCUAUCCGUGGCGCCCAGAAUCCCAGGGCACUGUGAUGGGCGGGGCCAGCGCGAUCUGAGCAGGACUGACAGACUGACCGUGGCUGGCCAUCAGCUUCGGCGGCAGGGCCCUGGGCUGGGCCCACAAAAGUCUGGAAGGAGGCGGUAGCAGGAUUGUUGUCCUCUGCACUGAGCAUAUGAACUGGAGGCCUGGGACCCACUCCAGCCCUGAAUGUUGAGGCAGCCUGUGACCAAGAUGGGGAGGGAGGAGGGACCGGGCCUGGGGCCUGGAUGUGAGUAUGGGCAGGAGGCAAGAAGCUCUCUGAGCAAAGCUGCUCUCUGGACAGGAAGGUCUCUGUACUGGGUGGGGGGGUGGGGGUGGCAUCAAGUUGGGACUUGGAUUUGAAGACCUUGAGGUUCCUUCCAGCCCAGAAGGCUCCAGUUCUGGGCCUCCUGGUGCAGGAGAGGCCUAGGGCUGCAAGGGUUCUGGAAACAUUCGGGAGCCUCGCGGCCUCCAGAUUCCUCAGCCACCUUCACUGCCACCACGUGGCUGGGCCGUCCCUCGCAGCAUCUGCUACCCCGGGUCUGGCAGCUCCAUUCCCCAGCGUGCGGGGCCCCAUGCAGGCCUGUGUCCUGUGCCUCCACUGGCAGGACUCCCCUUCAUCUCCUCCAGGCAAAACCAGGUCCUCAGCUCCCAGGAACAGCUGGAAGACAGGUGGAGAAGGAGGGGUCCAUAAGCCCUCUGCUCUCCCUCCCUCAGAGGCCCCACCUUUGGCACUUUCCAGAAUCUCAUGUCACCUAAUUAACCGCGGUAUUUCCUUCUUUCAGUUCACUGAUUGUGGCCUCUGAGCCACUGAGCGGUGGUUGUCCUUUUAAAUAUGUAUAAAACCAAAGAGAGUGAUUGUU